CAUACAAGUCAAAGUAACACAGUUGCACAACCGUGGUCUCGCAUACGCAUCUGUUACGCAAGCUAUCAUCGAAUGCUCCAGCGAAAUCGGCGAUUAUCUAGAGGAUUAUUCGGUUGUGUUCUACUCUCCCAAGAUUAUUUGCAUGCACUCACUAUUCUGCCUUAUUAGUUUUCAUCUCAAAUGCAGAUUGCACACAACGUGCAAAAAGCGUUGGCAAUUCUAGAGACGCAGCAUGAUUCUGAAAGAUUCGUCACAACGCAGUUAACCGCGGCUGUCACACUUGACUGUGUGAAACUGGUUGACGCAACGGGCUACGAACAUUCAAUAUCAGUGACCUUUUGCACCUCAUUUUAGCAAUUCAAUAAGAUACUCCAGGAUCUGUUCGAAUGCGAGUCAAUUGAAGCUCGAGUACAAAAACAGUAUAUGAAGCAAGGACAGUACGAUUUGUGCAUUGACGAUGACAAGCAGGUAACCCGACUGACAAACCAUAAAUGGCCAAGCAUUGAAGCAGGAACAACGAUCGUCAUGAGGAUCGUUUUUGAAGAAGAAACACGCCCUGAAGUAAAACAUAAAUGUCAUUUUUGCGGCACUGUCAAUCAAAUUAGCGCCAAGUAUUCACAGAUUGGUUGCUCAAUCAUUUGUCGAAAAUGCAAACGACGAUUUCAGAUCUCCAACGGAGGCUCCAGGACGACACGAUCCUCCAUUGACUCCGUUCGCGAAAAUGAAGCAGAAAUGCACCUUAUUCGCAACUUUCACAUUCAACAGAUUGUAUGUUGCUACGAAACUUCACUAGCAGUCUUAGACUGAAAACUCAACAACCUUAACCCACUCACGACAAUGCUCAGACCGUGUACCGCUCUCAGAGAGUG